AUGGACGACGACAAGCAGCAGCUGGCGCGGCAGGAGGACCAGGCAGGGCGCGCGUCGUGGGUCCCCGGCGCGGUCAUCGUGGGCGCGGGCCCGUCGGGGCUGGCCGUGGCGGCGUGCCUGGCGGCCCGCGGCGUGCCGGCCACGGUGCUGGAGAUGUCGGACUCGCUGGCGUCCACGUGGCGCCACCGCACCUACGACCGCCUGACGCUGCACCUGCCGAAGCGCUUCUGCGAGCUGCCGCUGCUGCCCUUCCCGCGGGGGUACCCGGCGUACCCGUCCAAGGGCCAGUUCGUGGCGUACCUGGAGGCGUACGCCGCGGCGGCGGGCGUGGCGCCGCGGUUCGGCGCCCGCGUGGAGGAGGCCGCGUUCGACGCGGGCGCCGGCGCCUGGGCGCUCCGCCUGGCGGGCGCUGGCGGCGGCGGCGCCGGCGACCUGCUCCUGGCGCGCUGGCUCGUCGUGGCCACGGGCGAGAACGCCGUGCCGCGCCUGCCCGACCUGCCCGGCGCCGCGCGCUUCGCCGGCCGCGUCCUGCACACGUGCGACUACAGGUCCGGGGAGGAGUUCGCGGGGAGGAAGGUGCUGGUGGUCGGGUGCGGCAACUCCGGCAUGGAGGUCAGCCUGGAUUUGUGCCGCCACGGCGCCGCGCCGUCGAUGGUGGUGCGCAACACGGUCCAUGUGCUGCCGAGGGAGAUGCUGGGUCUCUCGACGUUCGGCAUCGCCAUGGCGCUGCUGAAGCUGCUCCCCGUCCGGGUGGUGGACCGGAUCCUCCUGGCGGCGGCGCGGCUGGCGUUGGGCGACACGGGCAAGCUCGGCCUGAGGCGGCCCAAGACGGGGCCCAUCGAGCUGAAGAACCUCACCGGCAGGACCCCCGUGCUGGACGUCGGGACGCUAGCCCACAUCAAAACCGGCAAAAUUAAGGUAGUGGGAGCAGUGAAGGAGGUGACCCAGCGCGGGGUCAGGUUCGCGGACGGCAAGGAGGAGCAGUUCGACGCAAUCAUACAGGCCACGGGGUACAGGAGCAACGUGCCGUCCUGGCUCAAGGACGGAGGCGACGUGUUCACGAGCGAAGGGAUGCCCAGGAUCCCCUUCCCCAACGGCUGGAAAGGGAAGAACGGGCUCUACGCCGUCGGCUUCUCGCAGCGGGGGCUGCUGGGCGCCUCGGCCGACGCCCUCAACAUCGCCAGGGAUAUACACCGUCAGUGGACGGACACGGCCACAAGACCCGUCGUGCUCCGAUGUAACAGUGCUGUCGUCUGA